AUGUACAAUCCACUGGUCAUGGCGACAUCACCGCGCAAUCUGCACACACUAUACGCAGGUCAUGUUGGCAAGCCGGCUAAUCAUGAAUGGUUGAUGAACACUAUAAGUGUUUCGUUAGACAGACACCUCUAUGCCGGCUCUUGCGGUACCGAACAUGGAACGACAAAGUGA